AUGAAGAAGAUUGCGGAGAUUAAAAAAAAGAGAAGGAGAAGAAUUUGGCACACGAUAAAACAAAUCGGUGAUGGCGAUGAGCAUGUUACGCCAGUCGGUGAUGAUGGGCAGAAGGUUGUGAUAGUGAUUGUGAUGAUCAGAGCGAUUACAACGACGAUGAUAGCGGGGACGAUGUCUGCGUUACUCGACGACGGUGUGGUGGAAGAAGGCGGUGACAAUGGGGGAGGAGAAGAAAGAAGAAGAAGCCGCAACGGCGGCAACAUAGGAAGAGAAGAAAGAAGAAGAAGAAGAGGUGGAGGAAGAACAAGCCAACAAUGGCGGUGA